AUGACACGCGACGGUGACAACUCCACCGCGCCCACGCGCCGCUUGUCCCACCACUCAGCCGCUCGUGGCAUGAACUUCUAUGAGCCGCGCACUUAUCGCACUCGCGCGAAGCUUCGAAUCCCGGCGGGUCACACCAAAGAGACCUACGAAGUCGACUGCCUUACCAACAAACGAUUCUCAGAGAACUUCGACGGACCGGAGUAUCGUGUGCGAUGGGCCGGGCUGGACGAGAACGGCAACAAGUGGCCGUCAACCUGGCAGAUUGCGAGCGUGAUAGGAGAUGUCUUGAUCGGGCAGUAUGAGGCUAGCCACGCGCAGCCUGGGCAUGAGGAGAUGGACGUCGAUACUGCAGCUGAGGCCUCCCCCGAGACUGGUCGCUCUACCAUCAACACCGCCCGCGCCCCGGCGCUUCCAGCCACGCCAGCUGUGCAGGCAAAGAAGAAGGAGAAUGCAAGGGACAAAGAGAAGCAGAAAGCAAUGAAGAUGGCAGUGCAAGACGAUGACGGCAUGUGGUCGGUUCUGGGAGAGGGUCGAGACAAAUGGAAGAAGGGGAAGGGCAAGAAGAAGAAGAAGGCUCAGAAGAGCGCAGGGCCGCGUUACAGCGUCUUCGACACGAUCCGGAUAGAGGACAAGCACGACAGCGGAAAAGGUAAAGCCAAGGUGGUGGGCGGAGGGCUGUACGCACAUGGGGAUACUGCUGAGGACUCCGACGAUAGUGUCCCCAGUUCUACAUUCAGUUCCUUAUACGAUUCCGUCAAGCGACGCAGAGCCAAAAAAUAG